GCGUGCUGCGACCCUGCGCAGCCUGGGAGGCGGGUUUUAGCUCCAGGUUUGUACGGCCGCUGAGUUGACGCGAACUAGGUCUGCGAGGUCCAAGGAAAUGACUCCCAUCCCGGUGUUGGAGAGGGCGAUGUGAAAGCGAGAAAACAGGCCCUUCCCUUUCCAGCUCCGAGCGUGGUUUCUGGAUUUGGAUCCGUGGGGUGGGGUCUGUCCUUGCCGGGAUCUGAGCGCCCCCUCCUGGGGACGGUGCUCUGGCCGCAGUCAGUGCAAUCCUUUUGGGGAGGCACCCUGGUUUGGUACUCCAGACUCUCCUAUAUUGCUGGGCUUCCCUAGUGCUCUAUGUCCUUGGGCCAUGGAACCAUUGCAGGCAGCACAGCGGCGCCUCUGUCUGAAGAAGGGGAAGUGACUUCCGGCCUCCAGGCUCUGGCGGUGGAGGACACCGGAGGUCCCUCCGUCUCGGCUAGUAAGGCCGAGGAAGAGGGGCAAGGAGGUCAGGAGGAGGCCGGGCGUGAGGGAUCCAGGGCUGAGGAGGCACUAGAAGCUCCCAGCGCUGCGGAUGACGAGCGCGCCGAGGGAGAAUCUGAAGACUGGUGCGUGCCCUGCAGCGAUGAGGAGGUGGAGCUGCCGGCCAAUGGGCAGUCCUGGAUGCCCCCGCCCUCCGAAAUCCAGCGACUCUAUGAACUGCUGGCAGCCCAAGGUACUCUGGAGCUUCAAGCGGAGAUCCUGCCCCGCCGGCCCCCUACUCCUGAAGCCCAGAGUGAAGAGGAGAGAUCAGAUGAGGAGCCGGAGGCCAAAGAGGAGGAGGAGGAAAAGCCGCACAUGCCUACAGAAUUUGACUUUGACGAUGAGCCCAUGACACCGAAGGACUCCCUGAUUGACAGGAGACGUACUCCAGGGAGCGCAGCCCGGAGCCAGAAACGCGAGGCCCGCCUGGAUAAGGUCCUCUCGGACAUGAAGCGGCAUAAGAAACUAGAGGAACAGAUCCUUCGGACUGGGAGAGACCUCUUCAGCCUAGACUCAGAGGGUCCCAGCCCUGCCAGCCCUCCACUCCGAUCCUCGGGGAGCAGUCUCUUCCCCAGGCAGCGGAAGUACUGACUGUUGCUGCCAUGGCCUGCAGGUGCAGACCUUUGCUGCUGGGUGUGGCCAGCCUUUCCCAGCCCAGACUCUGGGAAACUUGUCACAUAGGAAAGCCUCAAGCUCCCAGUGCAGUGCCUUGUGGGAGAGUGUGCUCUGUUGAAUGUCUCCCUGUAGUUCUAAGCUGGGUUUGCUGAGUCUUAAUAAAAGAUACAGAAUGGUCUUUUCUUA